CAAAGACAAUAUUCUCAACUGACAGUCAACAUAACCUAAAACACCAAAUUGCAAGUGAUACAGAAACUGAACAGAGUCGGAAAAAAAUCAUUAAAUGCGGACUAUUAAUAUUGUUGGAAAAAAUGUUAAUCUGCGCCGAGCUGAGACCCCUGGAUCAAGAUGAGAUAGCGUUCCGUCGGAAGGCUUUAAGAGAUGCAGUCAUUUGCAUCGGUUGGCUGAAACUAACUUCUGUUAUAUGCUACGUGAUCCUGUAUUUCUUGGUGAACGCCAACAGUAAAGGGAAUUUCUCUAACGUAUUGCAAAUUAUGACGUUAGCAACAAUACCACCGCAGGUUUUACACGGAGUCUUGUUAUUUUUAGGCGCUCUUGAAGAGAAAAUCCUGGCCCUCGAAUUGUCUCUCUGGUUCGCUCUCAUCAUGGCCUCAUACAACACAGUACUCGGGGUUAUGGGCGGUAUAUACUUCAUCAGAACUGGAUACUUGACUAUGCACUUCAUGCUGGCUGUUAUAUUUGCAAUACUAGCUAUUUCUUUAUUUACUGUCCUGUGCCACGAUAUUCUGAUAAUUUAUGCUUACAAGGAGUUGCUGUUGUCUUGCCAGCAUCCACCGCGAAACCAAGAUAUGGCUUCGUGAAAUAUUAUUGGAAGCAAGUGUGAUAUUUUUAUCGAUCUAAUGUAAAUAAUUAAAUAUUUGU